AUGGACGAGACUGGGCUUUCGACGGUCCCAAACAAACUUCCCAAGGUCUAUGCUCCCAAGGGUAAAAAAACUGUUUCAAAAGUAGUCUCUGCCGAAAGAGGCCAAUUGGUCACCGCUGUCUGCUGUAUGAGCGCUUCGGGUAUCUGGGUGCCACCGGGACUUAUUUUUGCCAGAAAGCGCAUGAAGGAUGAGCUGCUUUAUGGCGCACCAGUAGGUACAUUAAAGAUGAAUUCGGAUACUGGAUAUAUGAAUUCGGAAUUGUUUGUAACUUGGUUACGACAUUUCUGCGAAUUCGUAAAGCCAACCAAAGCUGAUCGAGUGGUAUUGAUAUUAGAUAACCAUGCGUCCCAUUGUUCGCUAGAAGCCAUCUUAUUUGCUAGAGAGCAUUCCAUAAUUCUUUUGACGUUGCCUCCCCACGGAAGCCACAAGAUCCAACCUUUGGUUCGCGGAUUUUUCUUCCCAUUAAAGUCAGCCUUUGCAAAUGAAUGUGAUAAGUGGAUGGUGAACAACGCUGGCAAAGCUAUCACGAUGAAAGAAAUGGCCGCUCUCUUCCAUGCAGCUUAUUCAAAAGUAGCAACCAUUCAAAUUUGUGAGAAAUCUCUUGCGUGCACGGGCCUGUAUCCAUACAACCCAGAUGUUUUUACUGAACAUGAUUUCGCACCAGCUGAAAAACCUACAUCUGGUGUAAGAAAUGUUUUCAAAUCUACAGCUCAAAAACGUGACACAAAGAAAAAAAAUGAAUAA